GAGUCCCCGAGACACCCGGGCAGGGCCGCAUUUAAGGAGCGGCGGCGGAGCGCGGGAGCCUCGUCCCUGUGCCUGCAGCCGCCACCAUGCCCGUCAAGGGAGGUACCAAGUGCAUCAAGUACCUGCUCUUCGGCUUCAACUUCGUCUUCUGGCUUGCGGGGACAGCUGUGCUUGCAGUUGGAUUAUGGCUUCACUUUGAUUCACAGACCAAAAGCAUCUUUGAACUGGACAGUGACACAAAGUUUUACACAGGUGUUUACAUCCUUAUUGGAGCUGGUGGCCUUAUGAUGCUGGUUGGUUUCUUGGGAUGCUGUGGUGCAUCACAGGAAUCUCAGUGUUUGCUUGGCCUGUUCUUCUUCUCCCUUUUUGUGAUUUUUGCCCUUGAAAUUGCUGCCGGGAUCUGGGGAUUUACAAAUAAAGAAAAGAUUACUGAUGACUUAAAGGAGUUCUACAUGGACACCUACAGAAAGAGAACUCAACAAACUGCCAAAGACACCCUGAAAGCAUUUCAGUUCACUCUAAACUGCUGUGGCCUUACUGGAGUUCUGGAGCAGCAGUUCAUGGACACUUGUCCAGCAAAGACACUGUCUGAGUCAUUCACUAUCAAGUCCUGCCCUGAAGCCAUUGAUGAUGUCUUCAAAUCCAAAUUGAAUGUCAUUGGAGCAGUUGGCCUUGGCAUUGCUGUGAUGAUGAUUGUUGGCAUGAUAUUCAGUAUGGUUCUGUGCUGUGCCAUCCGCAGGGAAAGAGAGAUGGUCUAAGAGCUGCAAACCCAAGAUUCCUGCACUAUAAAAAUCCUCACCAUUAACUUUUGCGUUCUAAGAGCAUUUCUAAAACGUUAUAUAUUUGUUACCUUUUUAAUGCUUUAUUUGGUACUGAUGUAGGUUUGCUUUUUACGUUACAGGUUGAAACUAUAAAGGUUUAUCUGACUCAAUACAAACAUUGUACAUAAAAUAUCUUUUCCUGAAACUUGCAUAAUUUGGAUGUAAUUUAUGUUGGAGACAAUUUGAUACUUAAUAAAGAGUAAGAUGUAUUGUUUGUGGGGGAGAG